UUGCCCGGACAUUGUUCCCUCCCACUUUUUUAGAGUUAUAUUGAGGUGAAUCGUCUUAUAAUGACAUCUAUUAAGUGUCGUCUUUACUGCGUUAACAGGAAAAUGCAGAUCAUUUUCUAUUUUCUGUUGCUGCUCAUCGUGAAGUAUCACACAUUAGGUCUGAACUUUGAGACAAAGACUGCUGCUGUUGGAGAAGAUGUGACAUUGAAGUGUGACCGUCAGACGUCGAAGAGUCAGUCUUCCAAAUUAUUUUGGAUUAGACUAAUUUAUGGAAACAUGCCUGAAGUCUUGGGAGGAACACCUUCCUUUGACUUUGAUAAAGUUAUUCAGAAUCUUCACUUUACUCUUAAACAAGAGCCUGGAGUUUUUCUUCUGCACAUUAAGGAAACAGGAUUCAAUGAUACUGGAGUUUACUACUGCUUAAGUGUAGCUGACCCUUUUACCAUGAAGUUUUUAAAAGGAACUUUCCUCAGUAUUAAAGAACCAGAUUACGAUAUCACUGCAGUCAAUCAAGUUCCUCCAUCUAAUCCCGUCAACCCAGGAGACCCAGUGACACUGCAGUGUUCAGUCCUGUCCGACAGCACUGAGAGCCAAACGUGUCCAGAAUAUCACAGAGUGCACUGGUUCAGAGCUGACUCCGAUGGGUCUAAUCCCAGAUUAAUUUUCACUCAUGGAGACGGCAGACAUAAAUGUGAAAAUGGCACUGAAGCUCUCUCUCCCCCAAAAUGUGUCUACAACUUCUGUAAGAAUGUCGGCUCCUCUGAUGCUGGGAUUUACUACUGUGCCGUUUCCACAUGUGCACAGAUUUUAUUUGGACGUGGAACAAAACUGGACGUUGAAGUUUCAGCACUGGAUGCAUCUCCAACCCUGCUCCUGUUAUGUGCUACACUGACUAUAAGUCUGAUUGUUAAUGCAUUCCUCAUUUAUUUCAUCAAGAUGAAAAGCUGUGACUGUUGCAAAGAGACCGUAGCAGUCGGCAGAAACCAGCAAAUUCAGCAGAGAGAUGAGAACUCUUUGGUUUAUUAUGUGCCGACCUUCACGAGAAGGAACACAGAGCAGAGAGAGGGAAUGGAAACGCAGCAGAAGAAGAGACGGUCUACAGUAAAGUCAGGGCUUCUCCAAGACAGUAAUUCAAACUAUUGAUUUGUGUGUGUGUGUGUAUAUAUACAGUAUAUGAAAAGAGUGUGCUAAGGUCAUUAUAGACAGACAUGGUGGUUGUUGAUAAACAGCAGUGGUGAUGGACGUCUCCAUCUCAAGCAACAGGAACACCAAGAAGAAGUGACACGAGGAGCUUGAGAAAUAGGCUGAAGGCCUGAAAGAGGAGUUGAUGGGGAAGUUGUGGGGGACUAAAGGCAACUGUGGUCCAAUGAUGAUGGGAGCACUAGAGGCUGUAACCCCCAAACUGGUAGAGUGGCUCCAACAGAUUCUAGGAACAAACAUCUGAGAUCUCUGUCCAGAAGAGCACAAUCCUAGGAGCAGCUAAGAUACUGUGCAGGAAUCUCAGGCUACCAGGCUUGUGGAAGGAGAAGCAAGACUUCCUUAGGUGGGGACAUUUUUUAAAUGCAUAUACAGUAUGUAUAUAUUUACACAAGCCUGAUAUUGAUCACAAUUUAUUUAGAUACCCUUAAAAAUAAUUGGUAUACAGUCUAGUCGGUAACUGCAUUACUCUUUUCUUUGUUAUUAUACGAGGCCAUGGAUCAUCGUGGUGCAGUUUAACUGCCUUGGUUGACGUCUAUGAGCACUAUGAAUUUUAUACUGGUUAAACACACAUUCUUAUUUCUCAGUUUUCUUUAUUUUUUUUAAUCAAAGUCCAGCUUAUUGACAGUCUCAACAUGAUAGUCUCUCGCUGUUUUUUUAGGCUCUCUAUCUCCACAAUGACAUUUGAGGUCUGUGAGGGAGACAUUUAAUUGCAGUUAUUUGUUUUUUCAAACAUUCAAAAUUAUCUUGAUAUUUACUGCCAUCAUGAAGUUCAAUCUAGUUCUCAUGGAGAGCAAAACUUGGUCCUAAGGAGGCAGAACCUCAUUUCUAAGUAACUCAAUAGCUACAAUUUGAAUUGUGAUUAGGUUAAACUUGCGUUGGGGAAACAAAGGAAAAUACUUUGCUCAGAGUCCAAAUAAAUAGAAAUCAGUAAAAGCUGUGCAAACCUGUGUACAGUUGUUUCUCUUCUUAUGCUUUAAUAUUAAUAUUCACUGUUGGCCUCAAGUCAGUGACUGUAUUUUCAGUUGGCGUUUGGAUGUAUGAUACAAUAAAUGUGUUGUGUAU